AUGCAGGUGCGGUCAAAUGCGGCCAAGUGCGACGGAAUAAUCAGCAAACGAAAGACCGUCAAACAUCGUUCAUGGGCUAAUCGCAACGACCGCUACCAAAGGCCCGAAGAGCAGUGCCACCAGGUUCUUUCUUGCCGUUUCGUCCGACCAAAGGAAACCUCCGAAAUUUAUACACUACCAGGGAAUAAAGGAGAGGGUGGUGUACUCUGUGAAGCGCUUGGAGUUGGAAUAACGAUAGACGGCUGGCCAAGCGCUUUAGUGUUGGGCGAGUUUCUGAUAGAUGUGUCUGAACUAAAAAUGAAAAGAGAAAGGAGUGAAUUCCAAGGCCCUAAGUUAAGCUUACUGUCCUGUAAGCCCGAGGUUGUUCAGUCUGCAGUGACCAGGAUGAUUGGAAGUCCACAAGGGGAACACGGGGAGCGUUCUGUGCGGCUGUGCCGCUAUUGUUGUUGCCGCUGGUUGGACUGGUUCGAGGGGCCCAGAAAGAGAUGUCGACUGGCUGUGGCCUCAGAGCAAUGCAGCCUUGCUGCGUCGGCCUUAGGCCCUUUUGGCCAAGACUACUAG